AUGGCAGCCGCCUUGAUAGGGCUGCUGAAUGAGGCAGCUGGCGAGUAUGUGGAGGGUCUGGAGAGGAGUCAGCUGGAUUUUUCGGGGAUUUUGACGGGCAAGGUGCUGCUCCGGCAUCUCCAGCUGAAGAAGAAGGCCUUCGAAGUGCUGCCUCUGCCAGUCCGGCCGGAGUUUAAUUACAUCGGCUUGGUGCAGUUGGAUCUCCCCGUCUACUCUUUGGGGACGGCUCCCAUACUAGGAGAGCUCAAGGACGUGCUGGUGCUGCUCUCGGUGGAGUCGAGCGGGAACUGGAAUGCAGAGGAUUUCCUUCGACACUACCACGAGCGCAAGGCGGCCGCUCUCGCCGCUGGGGAGUACAAGGCUUUGUUCUCGUCGCUAGAGCGAGGAGCUUGGGAAGCUGGCGUUCUCGGAACCUUGGAGCGAGCCAGAGCGUCGCCUCUGGAUACGCAGCGGUACCUCUUGUGCUGGCCAGUGAAGCUGCUGAGAUAUCCGCAGCCAAUGGCAGUGCUCAAGGAUGCUGAGCUCCUGCUGCUUUCCAAGGAUGACGCAGAGCUCGCCUCCAAGGCUGAGAAACACAGCGUCGCACUGCAGCCGCUAUCUGGUGAGCUCCCUGCGCAAGCGGCGAACGCCUGUAAAGUCUGCUUGUCUGCAAAAGUGCAGUGCGUCGUCGUGUCUCCGUGCACGCUGUCGAGGAUCUACGCCGAUGUCUAG